GUAGAGGUGUAACCUAAUUAAGGAAUGGGUGGUAUAAAUCAGAUUUCAUUAUUUGCACAACAGUUAGUCUACAUGAACAACGUGGAGAUAUAGAACAGUAAUAGAACUGUAAUCGGGUUUAAAGUCCAUUAAUUAUUACAAAAUGGAGCUGUGCAAACACGGACCUCCAAAACAACAGAGACUCCGGUGGGAUCGGGUGUCAUGGAGGAGUGAGCAUCCCCUGCCAUACAUAUUGGUUUUCCUACAGUCUUGUCAUAUUGUAUUUAUAUUUCUAGCUUCCAGAGUUCUAGCGGAGAAGGAUUUCGACUGUUUUGUUUUUGCUAUAAGUACCCAUGGGCAUGAACAAGAAGAAGCUGACAAAGCGAGAGGAUUCACGGUUCGGGAUCACGCCGUCCAGAUGUUUGAUGGAGAGUAUUACAGUACCGGUCAAAUACUAGAGUACUUCAGCUAUCAAAAGUGUAAAGCACUGAGAGGCAAACCCAAGCUGUUCUUUAUUCAGGCAUGUAGAAAUUCAUUGACUGAUGCAUCUAAACCUGGGGGUGGAUUUGAUCACGGAAUCAAUGUUGAUCAACAAAGCGAUGUAGGAAAAGGAUCUUGUGGUGGCAGUAAGAUCAAUCAUCAUUCUCAAGGAAAAAAGCUUAAUCCUGACAUUGGAGUUCAGGCAAAUAGUCUCGGGUCAGGAGAUGUUGCACACCAUCCUCAAGCAGUCCGUUUGUCACAGGAGAAGAACGUUAUAACAACAGUUCCCUGUCACAAUGACAUGCUCGUUAUGUUUGCCUCGCCACAAGGUCAUUAUGGUGUAAGAAACGAAGACAUGGGAAGCUACCUACUGAAAAAUCUGUACCAGUCCGUGGAACAUUUUUAUGGAAAUGGAAAACUGGAGAAUAAUGAUACCAAUUUUCUGGAGGUUCUAAGGCAUGUCACAGAACUGAUGACAUCAAGGACUUACUUCGGUGCUAAGAAAUAUACAAAUGUUCCGUGUAUAGUACACAAAUUGUCCAAAGAUAUCGUCUUCACUUCGGGAGAAAAAAUGACUAAAUCAACUUAGAAUGGAAAAGUGACAUAAGCCUGGUUUUUUAGCUCACCUGAGCCGAAGGCUCAAGUGAGCUUCUCUGAUCAAAAUUUGCUGCUGUUGUUGUUUUUGUUGGCGUCGUUGUCAUUAACUUUUCACAUUUUCAUCUCAGGAAUCACUGGGCCAAUUUCAACCAAACUUGCCACAAAGUAUCCUUGGGUGAAGGGGAUUCAAGUCUGUUUAAAUGAAGGGCCAAGCCCUCUUCCAAAAGGAGAUAAUUAUGAAUUAAUAAAAAAUUAAUGGUAUCUUUUUAAAAUCUCCAGAACCAUUGGGCCAGGUAAAAUGAAACUCAUCUGGAAGCGUCCUCAGGUAGUGAAGAUUCAAAUUUGUUCAAAUCAUGACCCCCCGGGUAGGGCGAGGCCACAAGGGCUGAUCAAAGUUUUACACAGGAAUAUAUAGGGAAAAUAUCUUCAAAAACCUUCAUCUCAAGAACAACAAAGCCAUCGUGAAAUUUAUAUGGAAGCAUCCUCAGGUGGUGUAAAAUCAAGUUUGUUCAAAACAUGAUCCCCUGGGGUAGGGCAGGGCCUUAAUGGCUGAUCAAAGUUUAACAUAGGAAUAUAUAAGGAAAAACUUUUCUUCUCAAGAACAGUGAAGUCAUUAUUAGUCAUAUUUAUAUGGAAGCAUCCUCGGGUUGUGUAGUUCAAGUUGUUUAAAUUAUGACCACCCGUGGGAGGGGUGGGGUCACAAUGGAUGAUCAAAGUUUAACAUACAUGUAGGAAUAUAUAGGGGAAAAUCUUUAAAAAUCCUCUUCUUAAGAACAUUAAAGCCAUUUGUGUCAAAUCUAUGUGAAAGAUUUCACAGGUAGUGUAGUUCAAGUUUGUUCAAAUCAUGACCCUUGGGGGAAGUGUGAAGCCCCAAUGGACAAUGAAAGUUUAGCAUAGGAGUACAUAGGAACACUCUUCAAAUAUCUUUUUCUCAAAAACACCAAAGCCACAAUUGUUCAUAUUUAUCAAUUGAAAGCAUCAACAGAUAGUGUAGAUUCAAGUUUGUUCAAAAUCUUGACCCCCUGGGUUGGGUGGAGCCACGAUGGACGAUACAAGUUUAACAUAUUAGGAGAAUAAAGGAAAAAUUUUCUUCUCAAGAACAGCAAAGCCAUGGUUUGUCAUUUUAUUUGGAUGCAUCAUCAGAGAGUUUAGAUUAAAGUUGUUCAAAUUAUACCCCCUCCCCCUUACCCCUUCUGCUCUUUAGGAGUAGGUCGGGACCUCUCAUGCAUUUAAGCUUUUUAAUUAUACUAAACUGAUUUUUGCUUUUUACCUAACCACAGUACUCAGGUGAUUGAUGUGGCCCCUGGGCCUUUUGUUAGGUUAUACAUUUACGAAUUUAAGUGCAAGAGAAUACA